AUGAGUCCAGAUCAGAAUGCAAGGGCAUUGACAUCAAUAGCCGGUGCUCAUAACCAACAGGUUAUGAGCCCAAGCGGCUCCGCACAACCAAGCGUGCCUCCGUUCCCCACGGCAGCAGGGCCGUCAGCACAGUUCGGAGGCAUUCAGUUCAUGCAAGCAACCCGGCUGGAGAUCCCGACGUCAAUCCUUCAGCAGUUUGCACAGGCAGCUUCGCUGGAUGCUUCUAUGCUCCAUGACCUGAGAGCAGCUGUCAUUGAACUGAAUGAUCGUAUGCAGUAUAGAUCCAACGUUUUGGGAGAUGCAUGCGUAACGCUCCACUCUGGAUACAAUGCCAUAGUGGAUAACCUGGACAGGCUCCAACAAGGAAUGGAGGCCCAUAGUCGUACUUUGGCCUUUCUCAUGAAUGAAAACCUGUCUUUAAAGCAAGAGAUAGAAUCCACCGGUGAGCAGCUCAGCACGGACAUGCGACAACAGUUUGCAAUCGUUCGCGAGCAGUUGAGUGCGGUCCAGAUAAAGGCGGAAACGGCCAUGAUGGGCCCGCAACAAUGGCAAGCCCAGGUUGAGGCACACAUUGUAACAAUUCAAAACAACCUUGAGGCUGGACUCCGGAAGGCCAGUUCUGAGAAUGAGACCCUGCGAUCUCGUGUUGGUGUGCUUGAACAGGCAAAUCAAGAGCGGGAGCGGGAGUGGCAAACUUUGAGGCAGGAGCAUCGCGCUUCAGCUGAUCAGAAGGGCUGCGACUCAACUGAGGUCCGCACUCAGGUCGAUGAACUGUGUGCUACUAUGACAGAUCAUGGGCAGCGCCUCGAUGUGAUUUCCCGGGAUGUUGCAGAUCUGCAUGCUUCAGUGGCAGAAGUAGAAUCAUCAGUGUCUCAUUUGGAGGGUCACAGCGCGACCAUCCGAGAGGAGAUCAGGGGUUUACAUCAGAUUUGCGAGCAUUUUGCCGUCUACACAGAUGAGGAACCUGUUGUUGGUGAUCCGGGGAUGGAAGAUUAUGAAGCAGGGUGGUGGGGUCAGCAUAAUGAUGUAGAUGCGAUGCCACAGGGUCCGCCGCCUGGCUUCGGGGAUCAGCCGCUGCACCCACCGGGGACCACACAGAUCCCGCGCAGAAUGUGCCACAGGCGGCGCAAACUGCGUUCAUGCCAGAAUUCAGACCUUCAGGACCAAGUGAUCACGGAGGUAACACGAGCAUCCAUCACGGAGGAGUCUGAAGGUGUAGAAUCAAUUCCGGAGGUGUGUGCAGACCGAGAUUUUCGUGAGGAGGAGAAUCCUAACUCCAUUGUGUGGGCAGUCUGGGAUACGAUCAUUCAUGAUGAGCUAGAUGUAGAUGAAACGGGCACCAUACCCAUCGCGGAGGGAGGAGAGUUCAGGUCGGGAAAGGCAGCUUGCUUUGGCCCAGAUACAGCACCGACCAAGGGCGGCUCCAGCAAGAGCUCCCGAUGCCGCGUCCGCUUACGUGAGGGGCGCUCCACCGGCAAAGGCGCCUACUGUGGUCCUGCCACCAGCACUCCGAACAUCAUCAUCAUCGUCCUCUUCACACGACCAUUCCAACCAGAAUCCUCAUGCAGCCCAGGCAAGCAGCACUGGUCUAGUCAGGUUCGCCUCACGCUAGCCGAUGGCAACACUACAUGUGCAUGGCGUACGAGGGACGGUGAGCUUGCAAUGCCUGGUGAUGAGACCUCCUGGAUUGUCCCUGUAGGUAGGCUGGUGCAGCUAGGCUAUAGGUUUGUCUGGGAUCUGGAUUUGGGUGCUAGGUUAGUGCGGGAGACUGAAGCUGGAUGUGAAACCAUCCACAUGUUCGUCGACAAUGGCUUGCCUUACAUUUACUGGUCGGAUUUUGCCCACCUUCGCAAACAGCUGUCAGCCGCUUUCCGAAACCAGAAGAGGAGCUGCUGUGCCGUCGCGAGUAACGAGAGCGAGCUUAUGAACAUGUUUGUAACACCGGAUGAUUUGCAUGAGUGUGAGGCUGAGGCUAAGGAGUGUGUGUCCCCAGAUUCCAAGGCAUGCAUUGGAGAGCAAGUCGCAGCAGCCUUCUUGAAGCUUGAGAGCAUCACAUAUGACCAUGUUUUGGAGGCUGUCAUGAAGGCGGGUUUGAAACCUCAGAGCAAGUCGAGAUCCUGUGCUGUAGGUCUUGAGGGUUCAGAGGGCAUAAAGUCAUGGGUGUUUGGUGCUUACGGUCAUGGCCCGCACUGCGGCGUGACAACGCGAACCAAUCAAUUCCCGAACCUUGUUGCCUUGAUCAAUCGCUUCAUGCAGCAAGAGAUGCCCGCUGCAUCCUGGUCGUCUUUUACCAUAUCCCAAGACGUUACCUUUACCCCGCAUAAGGACACCCAUAAUGAACCUGAUUCCCUAAACGUGCUUGUCGUGCUGAACCACAAGGGCCAGUGCAAGGGCGGCAGUUUGUGGAUUGAGCAGGAGGAUGGCGAUCAAAUGCGCCAGAUCAAGCCGGAUCUGAAUCUUCGGGGUGUUGUCAUGCCGGUGCUAAGGCGUCCAGUGCAGUUCAGUCCAACAAAGUGGCAUGGAACCACGCCUUGGAAGGGCACACGCGUAGCAUUGUCAUUUUUCACGACUAGGAACGUGCUUACCUUGCCGGCAGAUGAACAGAGGCGAUUGAAGGAGUUGCACUUUCCAACCUGCGAGGCAGUUGCUGCUGCGGCCGAACACAUCGCAUUCCCCCUAAGCCUGAACCCCGCCGAUGACCAGUUUCCUGAGGACCUUGAAGCCAAGACGACGGACGCGACGGUAGGCGAGGGUCAGUUCAGGGAGAAUGUGUCGGAUGAAUUCCAGGAUGGCGGGUUGUUUGGAGAUGUGUUUCAGGGUCUAGCUGAUCCCGAUGGUCCGCCCGCGAGCUCCGACAUGUGGCCUUUGGAUGACGAUCUAGCGGAGUAUGAGCCUUCGCUUGCAGAUCCUGAGGACAUUUUCCAUGCGAGUCAAUUCGAUGAUCAACCUGGUGAGGCAAGUUCCCGGGAGUUUGCGUUGCCUGCGGCUGCGCCGGAAGCUCCGAAAGCUGUGAACUGGCAGAAGUAUCAUCUGCUUUCCUAUGAGGAGGAGCAGUUGGCGAAUCAAGUCGAGGAGAAGCUACUGGAAGCGAGCACAGCGCCGGCUCAAGCGGAGACGGUGGACUUGAAGGGUUUCUAUAAGGGUGACAGACAGCAGCAGUGGAAAGCCUCACUUGUGAAGGAGUAUGGGAAGAUGAAAGAUGUCCUUGAGGAAGCGACCCGGGAUCAACUACAUGGCAGAUUGGGCCUGCCUGCGGGGACCCGCUUACCUCGUGAAAUCCCUUCUAAGGUUGUGGCAACACUCAAACCGAGCGAGGACCCGACGUUGGCCAACGAGGAUGGGUUUGCCGAGAAAAGCCGAAUAUGCGCUUGUGGCAACUUUGAAUCAGGAGCUGACAACAAUGGUGAACCUUGGACGUCUUCAAACAUCCCACCUGAGAUUGUGCGGACUUUCGUGUCAUUGGCUGCAUCAACGGAGAAUUGGACUUUGGGGGGCUUGGAUGUCGAGGCCGCCUUUCUGAACGCCGACAUUUCCUCCGGAGAUCCUGUGAUUAUUACUCCACCCAAAGUUAUGCGAGACCUAGGGCUCGUUGGUGCAGAAACGGUGUGGAUAGCGCGAAAGAACAUCUACGGGCUCCGUCGGGGCCCGACCGAAUGGGAGAAAGAGCGCGACACGAAGAUCAAUCAUGCAACCAUCCAGGGCUCCAAGGGCGACAAUCAUUCAGCACUGACUUUCAUUCCGAUCAACCUUGCCGCUGGCCUGUGGAAGCUGGUAGAUGAGAAGGGUGUGGUCGUUGGAGCGUGCUGUUGCUAUGUCGACGAUGGUCUGGUCGUGGGCGAUGUGGAAGUGAUCCGAAGAGUCACUGCUUUCAUUCAGAGUUUGUGGUCUAUCAAGGGUCAGGGUAUUCUUGAGAAACCAGGGGUAGGACUUAGCGGAAACCUCGUUGUGAGUGAAACCUUGACCUUGAAGCUCGUUCGGUGCAUGCGAUUCCUCGGUGCAGAGAUUGCUGUGGCGAGUGAUGGAUUGCAGAUUGGACAGGCAAAGUAUGUGGCACAAGAACUUCGGGCUCGAGGGUGGCUCACGCUCAAGGGGUCAGAAUCACUACCGGUACCAUCGGAGGGCCUUGCGGCGUCUGAGAUCCGAGACAAUGCGUUCGAAGCUAACAUGAAACUGGCCCAAAAGGAAGCUGGAACCUUGAUGUGGAUUGCACUCCGAUCCAGGCCGGACAUUGCUGCUUGCUUAGGUGUAGCCAGUACUUUGAUCACUUCCAGGCCGUCCGAGAGUCUGCGAUUGUGCAAGGGAAUCUGGCGUUAUCUUCGAAGCACUUGGGACAAAGUGAUUCAGUACAAUUACGGAG